AUGGCUGAUACCCAAUCACCUACCGGGCUGCUAAAAAGGCGUCGCAAUGGACUUGGUACUGUGGCUCAAGAUAAGACCAGGCAGGUCAAGAAGUCUACGGGUCAAGGCGAAACUCAUGCCUCACGGCCUCAUGGUGACAGAACUACGCCCCGUGCUAUCAAGAGCGCGUCAGAAGCCGCCAUGGACGUUGCUCGAAUCUUGAUCGAGAACAUUCAGCGCGGCAGUGACAGAGAUCCACUUGAAGCCAGGUUAGAGGUCUUCAAUACUGUCGAUCAUGCUAAUAAUCCCGCCGCGAACGAAUAA